GUCGGGGCGCCGCUAACGAGACGGCGGCUGCAUGAUGGACGACACUUCCAGGCCGUGGCGGCAGGCCUUCCAGUCGUCCUCCAUGGAUCUCUCCCGACAUGACGUGCUUGUGAUGGUGCAGUCCUUCAUCGAAGCAUUCAACGACGGCUCGAAGCAGAUUGCCAAGAACAACGCCCUGUCCGAGUUGAAGUCGCGAUGUCAAUCCAUGCAGUUUGUCGCACACUUCCACGCGCUGCCCGCGCCUGUCUUCUCGCCCGUGCUGGACAUUGUGUCUACUGUAUGCGUGGACUCGAAUGACCAUGAUAGUCUUCGAGACGACCUCGUUGCGUUGCUCUUUGACGUGGUCGGUGGGGCCGCAUGUGUCGGGUACCCCACGCCGCCGUUCGCCAAAGCGCUAUCGACUCUUGUCCACUCCGUCGUGCAUGCGAUCGUCGGGAUCAGCGACGUAGACCUGGAUGCAUCUUUUGCCCUGCAUCUUCAGACGCUGGCAGCGUGUCUCCGCGGCAACGUCGGCGUGCGUCUGUUCGUGUCGGAGCUGCCCACGCGGAAGGAACUCGUGCGGACGCUAGCGUUGCUGCUCAAUCGAACGGACGACGCCAGCAUCCUCAUCCACGCCAUGUCGGUCCUCGCAUGCCUUGUCUUGCAAGAACCCAUGGGUCGCAAGCUAUUUCAGCCCAAGAAUGUCGCACAUGCGCUUACGUUGGUGCUGUCCAUCGUGGACAACAACCCUGGGACGGCGCAUGCUUCAUCCAUGCUAAUGACGACGCGGUUGGACUCGUCCGCUUGCUGGAUAGAUACGACUGUGCCUCUCCACAUGGCCAGUGUCAACCUGGUGCUGGAUUUGGCCGCGCAGCCGUGGAUCCUGUCGCAGAUGGAAAUUGCCGACGAAAUGCACCAGCUCCUCCACAUCAUGCUGCCCCGUCUCCACAUGCAAGAGACGAUUCCGCGGCUCCACGUAGCUUUGCACUUCCUGCAUGGCGUGGCCUCCAUGAGCUACCGCCUGAGGAAAGCCAUCGGCGCCAAGUGUCCGCCGCUGGCCACGUCCAUGGCGGGGGUGUUGCAUCCGUCGCCCGUGAUCGCGAUCGCCGCCACGAAAUUCUUCGUCGCGUUGUUUGCCGACGACAAGCCACUCGUACAAACGUUGCUCGAUGCGACAAGCUCUCCAACAGCACCCUCCUCGUCCUCGGCGACGACGUCGUGCCUUCCAGACGCUACGUCCACCAAGAUUUUGGCGCCCCUGCAGCCAUUGCUCAUUGGGAUGUUCCGCACACUGCAUGCCACCAUCACCCACGUCGUCCGGAACAGCAGCGGCAGCCACGACCACCCCAACCAUCAUGUGACCAACGACGACGACGACAAUCCCAUGGACGGGGGGUCCCCUGCGUACGAGCACGCCGUGUGGAUCUGCCUCUUGCUCGUCCAACUCGGCGCGGACGCUCGCGUCGUGACGCUCAGUGUACCCUUGAUCAACCUCAGUCAGCUGGUGGGCCUGUCGCAGCGAGAAGCCUCGUACCACGACACGUUGCCCCUCGAGGCGCGUGCGCAGUUUACGCCUCGGUUUUCACUCGGGUUUGUCACACUGUUGGGUACGUUGGUCCUGCACGACGACAUGGACGAGGACCUGCUGCGAGACUGCCACGCCGCCCUGCAUCACCCGGCGGUGGCGUUGGUGCUCGCCCGGGGGCUGUGCCAAACAGACGACAAGGCGUGGACGCUGCGUGUGCUGUCGUUCGUCCGCCGACUGGUGGGCUUGUCCACCACCAAGGUGGUGCAGCUCCACCCACUUGCCGACGCGCUGUUUGCGAUCCACCAAAAAAGCCACGAUAUGCUACAGACGUGGGUCGAUCGCGUGGCGCAGCGCGAUGCGGCGGUUCAGCUGGCGUCCAAGCAGGUGGAGCGGGUGACUGCGGAGCUGGACCUGGUCAAGAUGAACGCGAACGACGAGCGGGUACUGAGCCGGACGGAGCACGCGCGGCUGCAGAAGGAACUGGACGUGCAGCGCACAACCCACGAGCAUGUGCUGGAGAGUCUCACGGUGAAGAUGGAGACCCAGCUGGGAAGGGUCAAGGCACAUUGCGAUGGAUUGCACCGACAAGUGAUGGAAACAACGGACGCGUUAGCAAAGAAGAAGGCGCAGCUGCAGGACAGUCGCGUACAACGAGGACAACUCGACCAAGACAACCACGCGUUGCAGCGCAAGUUGCUCGUGUUGGAAAUGCGAUUGGACGAACUCGGACAAGCUAACGUCGCCGCCACGGCCGACGUCGACCGCGUGACGGCGGCGUCCCGCCAGAUGCAAACCGAGUUGGAGGCCAUGUCCGAGGCAUACGCUGCUCAAAGCGGCGACCUCGUCGCGGCGCACGAAGCAAACGUUCAAUUGAAGCAGACACUCAACCUCCAACAAGACAAGCACGAGACGUUGUACCGGCAGCUCGUGCUCUUGGCCAAAGCGCAUCAGCAGCAAAGCGACGACUUGCAUCGGAUGACCGAGGAGCGGGACGUGGCCACCCGAGACCUCCAAGAGGCCCGCACGACGCUCGAUGACAUGCACGCCCAUGUUGAGUAUGUACACUUAGUUUUUUGCAUUUUAAAUCAUGGGGUGACCGCAUGGAACUAGGGACCAAGAGACACGACUUCACACACAUAAAGAACACAUGGCGGAGCUGGAACGCGCCGUCGUGCGCUACGAGCAGUCGGUGGCGGAGGAGCAGGCCAGGAGCAGCACGUUCCGCCACGACUUGGACACGCUGCGACAUCAUCAUGGCAGCCUGCAGGUAUACGAUGUUGCUUGCUGGGAAGGAGAUAGAUGAUGAACAACCCGAUCGUGUAGAACGAAAUGGCGGCCAAAGUGGCGAAGGCCAUCGACCUCGAGCGGCAACUGGACGCGGCCACCACGGCACUCCACCAGAGAGAUGGAGACGUCCAGCGACUGGUAAUGCAAAAAGGGGGAGCUCGUGUCUAACGAUGGUGUGAGGUAGAAAGCGGAGCUGAAAAAGUACGCCAAGAUCCAAGCGAUGAUCCAUCAGCUGAGCGACGGAGCUGCAGUGACCGCGCAGUCCCAGCAGUCUUCUCAGGGCGGUGGCGGCGCGUCGCAAGGGUCGUAUCAUGGGUUUGUCCCCGAAACGCAGUUCAGUCAGUGACGACAAGGCACUCGUGAUUGCCACCAUCAUAUUUAACAUCAUUCCCCCUUGUACUAUGUACCAAUGCGCACUUGAUAUCGACAGAAGAGGACGCAAAUUUCACGAUAUGACUGGAUAGCGUAGUUCGAAAUUCGAAACAUAUUAUAAAAAUUCAC